GGCAAAAAAAAAAAAAAAAAAAAAAAGAAGAAAAAAAUGUCCUGUCUGGAUGAGGUACCGUUCAAAAAUGCUCUUGCUGUUCUUGAGGAGGCAAAAGAAGUGGAGCUUCUUACGGCCCCAGAAAUCACCCUACCUGACUACCUGAAGAUCCUGCAGGAAACUGAGUAUGUGUUCAGCCUUGAGAACUGGGUUCUCACGGGUCUCCAGGGUGGCUAUCCGACCCUUCUCCAUCCCUGCUCCUCCUGUGAGCUGACGGCCACCUGUCCUCCCUACUGGAUGAUGUUUAGCAGCCCUCAGGAAAGCAGGUUAGCCAGCCGCUGGAGCAGUGACUUCUGGGAACCCAACCCUCGUCCCCGCAGCCGCAGCUUGAAUGCGGCUCACUACCAUGCCAUGAAUGACCGGGUGAAAUUCACCAUUUCAGACUCAGAAGAUGACGAAUUUACAGAAGAAGAUGGGGGCACCUUUGCUGAGAGUUACCAACAGGCCAAACGGGAUGGUUUGGGUCUACCAAGGCAAGGACAAGGGUUAAAAGACUUGAGCACUUGCAGAUCAAAUUUACUCAACCUGCCUUCACCUUGCAGACUCUCUGCACAGUGUAGGGGGAACAUCCGGCAGUCUUCUCUCUGCAAGGCCACUUCACCCAAAAUGAACUUCCAGAGGAGCCAGAGUUCUGCUGGCCAUACUCGGGAGUCCUCUGCAACCUUAACCAAUAACUUGCAGUCUGAAUGCAUUACUACACUUAGACACAACAAACCCACCCCAAAGGCCCAGGGUUCAUGCUCCCCCCUAGCCCUGGCCUCAUCACGGCCACUUAAUUCCCACGCCGCCACUCUGGACUCUUCGGUCGAGCUGCUUUCUGCUCUUAGCCCGGAAGAGAGGGAGCUGCUGGCGGCCGUGACCGAGCGGGGCUACCCUCUCCGUACUGCCAUCAUCGCCCUGCAGAAGACGGGCCAGCAGAGUCCAGAGCAGAUCUUGAGAUAUCUGGUGGCAUGUGAUAGGCUAUGUGAACUUGGCUAUGAUGAAGCUCAGGUUGAGGAAGCGCUGGAAAUGUUUCAGAACUGUGAGUCCAAGGCUGAGGAGUUUCUUCACCUACUUGCUCAGUUUAAUGAAAUGGGCUUCCAGCAGAACACCAUUAAAGAGGUCCUUUUGGUGCAUGAGAACCACAGAGAGCGAGCGCUGGAAGAGCUCAUGACCCGCGUGGCCUGACCAAAUCAGCAUUAUGAUGACAUGGACAAGCUGCUAUCAUGGUUUAUGCUAUUCACAGCAUAAAUAUAGUAGUUGUAUAUUUAUCAGAGGCUAAAAUAGGUAGAUUUGUUCUAGACUUCUAGAAUUGUGUUGAGUGAGAUUCUUGGCCUUGGGGAGAUUUGACCAUGUACACAAGAGAAUGACUCUGUUCCUGUAAAACACAAAUGUACACAUGUUUUUGUUGUCUUUUCUAUAACAACAAAAAGUUGCUUUUGCUUAUGUUGAUAGAAAUGGAAAUCAUGAGAUGUUAAUUAUUUUUGGGAAAUCCAUACAACUAUUACACUCUUUUUUAUUUUUAUUUUAUUAGAAAUGUUUAGUACAUAAAUACAUGCAAUAUUGAACAAUUACUGUAGGUGAUUAAAACAGUUUUAUAUACUAUGAAAUAAUGAGUUAAAAAAAUGUAUAUGGACAAAUAGCCUUUUGAUAUCUUGUUAGUGUUUUCAGUUUUCUGUGUGGUGCCUCCACUUACAACAUGUGGAAAAUCCAAAGUGAGCAUAUAUAAUUUUCAUGUUUUGGUCUGUAUUUAUAUCUUCUUAUAUAAUGUAUAUAAAUAUAACAUUUGUAAUAUGUGUCAGGAAACACUGAUGUAAUAAAAUUGUUUACA